AGGGGGGGGGGAACUUUUCUACAACUUGGCGGACUAUGAGCCUGUCCUAGUGCCGGGGAGAUCGGCUACAGAUCGGAUCGUCUGUUGUGUUCCGGGCCUCGGAGACUUGUGAUCGGGGGUCACCAUGCCUCAGCUGAACAGCGGCGGGGGGGACGAGCUGGGGGCCAAUGAUGAGCUCAUCCGCUUCAAGGACGAGGGCGAGCAGGAGGACAAGAGCCCCGGGGAGGAAUCGGCCGAGGGGGAUCUGGCCGAUGUCAAGUCAUCGCUGGUCAAUGAGACUGAGAAUCACAGCAGCGACUCCGACUCCGAGGUGGAGAGGCGCCCCCCUCCCAGAGACAGUUUCGAGAAGCACCGGGAUUACCUGUCAGAAGCAUUUAGGAGGCAGCAAGAUGCAUCUUUCUUCAAAAGCCCUCCCUAUGCGGGCUACCCCUUCUUGAUGAUCCCUGACCUCGGAGGCCACUACUUGCCCAAUGGUGCCCUCUCGCCCAGUGCCCGCACGUAUUUACAGAUGAAAUGGCCUCUCCUUGAUGCCCCAAGCACAGCCGGCUUGAAGGAUGCCAGAUCACCAUCACCCGCACAUUUGUCCAACAAAGUUCCGGUUGUUCAACACCCACAUCAUAUGCACCCUUUAACACCCCUCAUCACUUACAGCCAAGACCGCUUCUCACCAGUCACCCCACCUGGACACUUGUCACCCGAAAUAGACCCAAAGACCGGAAUUCCCCGUCCUCCUCAUCCGUCAGAGCUGUCUCCAUACUACCCUCUAUCUCCAGGAGCUGUAGGGCAGAUUCCUCAUCCUCUGGGAUGGCUGGUUCCACAGCAAGGUCAGCCCAUGUACUCCAUUCCUCCAGGUGGCUUUAGACAUCCGUAUCCUACGUUGGCCAUGAAUGCCUCAAUGUCCAGUCUGGUUUCCAGCCGCUUCUCUCCACAUAUGGUGUCCCCUCACCAUCAUCAUCAUGGCUUGCACACCUCAGGGAUCCCUCACCCUGCCAUAGUCUCACCUGUCAUCAAGCAGGAGCCGUCCUCUGGAAGCCUCAGCCCAAAUCUUCAUUCGAAGCAAUCGGCUGCAGUUAAGAAAGAAGAGGAGAGGAAGCCACAUAUUAAAAAGCCUUUGAAUGCCUUCAUGCUGUACAUGAAAGAAAUGAGAGCGAAGGUGGUUGCGGAAUGCACGCUCAAAGAGAGCGCUGCCAUCAACCAGAUCCUUGGCCGCCGGUGGCACUCAUUAUCUCGAGAAGAACAGGCAAAGUACUAUGAGCUGGCAAGAAAAGAGAGGCAGCUUCACUCUCAGCUUUAUCCCACAUGGUCUGCACGAGACAACUAUGGAAAAAGAAAGAAACGGAAGAGAGAGAAGCAGCAGUCGCCAGAAUCGGAAGCUUGUAAAGUAAAGAAGAUAUGUGUGCCUCAUCAUCUUCCUCCCGAGAAAUCAUGUGACAGCCCAGGCUCCUCCCAUGGUAGCAUGCUGGACUCUCCAGCAACACCUUCCGCUGCCCUCGCUUCUCCAGCAGCACCAGCGGCUACCCACUCUGAGCAGGCUCAGCCACUCUCACUCACCACCAAGCCUGAAUCCAGAAUACAGAUGUCACUCAGCCACUCUGCUGCCUUCUUGGCCUCCAAAUCUCCGUCCUCCAGUCUGUCAGGACACAUGCCAUCUUCUGUCGGAUCUCCACUGUUCUCCCGUCCCAUCCCGUUUACAUCCUCCAUGCUGUCUCCACAUGUCUUCCCAUCAGCCCUGCAAGCUUUACCACUGCUGCAGACACAACCCCUGUCUUUGGUGACCAAAUCCAGUGACUGACUUGAAAGGAUUUAUGGCCCAGAUAGCUAGGACCCACACAGAUGGAAGGAGUAGUCCCUGUAGACCUGCACAUACCCCGCUCUGCACUCUUGAUAUUCAGCUUUGCAGAUAUGGAUGUUCUGCACUGACUCGUGUUUAUAAAAAUGCCCUGCAUUCGGGACCCCGUCAUUCUUGUCUUUGAUGCAUUCAAGAAUGGAACAAUGCUUUUGUGGAUAUGGACAUCACUGUGCACUGAUGCAUACAGUUCACUGCAUUGGCCCUACAGGACAUUAAUUAUUUCAUAAGUGACUCAUGAUUGGACGAUCCACUGAUGGAAUUUCUAGUGUUGAUGCUAACCAUUAUUUGGUAUGGUGCAGGCAGACCAGGCUACUGUCCCAGGCUGUAAUUCUCCAACACCCAGUAUAUCGCAUACUUGGCCAGAAAAAAACAGACCCACACGGAUUAUUGGUCAAUAUUUGACCUGGCGGCUUUACCGUUGGUUCUGCUGAUCUUGUUGUUAAAUCCUUUUUUUUUCUGUAUUUUUUAAAUAAAAUUUAAAUGGGGUAAAUAGGAAAAAAAUCCAUGUAAAUUGUACAUAGAAAUGUGCCCAGGUAAGGAAACAUGGGCUAUGCAUGUUUGCUUUUAUUGGGGGGGGGGGGAGGGUUUUUUUUAUGUUCUAAGAGUCGGGUCUAAUUUCAAAAGUGUGCUCAUUGCCAUGUUUUGGAGGCAGCCAUUUUGUUGGUUUGACUUGUAUCUAAGAGAAUGCAGCUUCACAAGGAAAUCACAGCCAUUGAUCCAGUCAAUUUGUGGUCAGAUGUGACGUAUUAAUUUAGAAAUAGGUGGCAUUGCUAUUCUGAGACCUAAUGGCACCGUUUAAGUACUGACACUAUCCAUGGUCAGACGUUCUGUGGGCUUAAAAGGAACCUGUCAUGAUGGCCUUUUAUUGGCACCAACUAAGCUUCCUAUCUGCUGCUAGGUUGCUACUAUUGCUUGACUCCCGAAGAAGCUCUACAUCCAGAGCAAGCUUUUCAGUAUUUUGUGUAAGAACUGUAGAGCUAUGCCCUGCCAAAACUUUAUUCCAGGAGUCAUCAGUGGCUGCCUCUGGCACUGGAUGGGAACUUCUGCUGUGACAGCCAAUGGCCGUCUUUGCAGGUUCCCUAGAACAAUUUCAUAGAUUGCAACCUAAAACUUUUCAAGGAAGUCCUUUCAUCAGAACAAAUAGCCAAGUAUUUGUUUCACUUUUUAUUUUAUAAAAUGCGGUUUAAAUUGUCUCUGAUGUCACUACAUCCUUGUGAAUUGAUAGGCUGAGUAUUUAUUAUCCCUACAGAAUGGCAGUCUCGAGGGUGAUGGGUUCACAUUGAGUCCUGGACUGGAGGCUGCAGUCUUUAUCUGGCAUUCCCUGGGUUAAUUUCACCUAUAUAUGUAUUUUUAUUUUUUUUGUUUUUAUUUCUCCCACUUAUUCUGAGGUUUUGUGUGUUAUUUUCCACCUUUUUUCUUCAUUCCAGUCUUCUCUCCAGUUUUAUUAUGUAUUUUUUUUUUUUUUUUUUUUGUUUCAUGGAAAAGAAAACUCUUGAAAAAAAAUGUGACUUUUUGUAACAAAAUAGAAAAUAUAUUG